AUGGUCAAAUACCUGGCGCUGGUACUAUUUAUGCUUGGCUGUGCCGCUGCCCAGGAACCAAGGCGCGAUGGAGAGUGGCCACCGCCCGCGAUUCUCAAACUGGCAAAGCACUUUCAUGACAUUUGUGCUCCCAAAACCGGCGUUACUGAUGAGGCCAUCAAGGAGUUCAGCGAUGGGCAAAUACACGAGGACGAGGCCCUUAAGUGCUAUAUGAACUGCCUCUUCCACGAAUUCGAGGUGGUCGACGACAAUGGUGAUGUCCACAUGGAAAAGCUCUUCAACGCCAUUCCGGGAGAAAAGCUAAGGAACAUUCUGAUGGAGGCUUCCAAAGGAUGCACGCAUCCUGAAGGCGACACUCUGUGCCACAAGGCCUGGUGGUUCCACCAAUGCUGGAAGAAGGCAGAUCCUGUCCACUACUUUUUGGUGUAA